UUUACUCAGUCGGUGACAGCGGCGGCGGCGCACGCGCAUCUCGUGCUGGCAACGGAUAUCUAGAAACGAUUUCAUUUCAAAAGCAAUACGAUCGCAGAUGAUUAACGCCCCUUUGACGCCAGUCGUAGGGUGAAGUGAUUCGGCGCAUGUCGCGUUGCAAACGUGUCCUGAUAAACUGUUUCUCGCGAUAAAAUAUUACCAUGAAGGAGAUAAUUAUUUUACUAUUUUCUUUGAUCGGAUUGGCUCUUUCGACCAAUCCUUGCUGUGUCAACGAUGAGAUUAUUCGGCCACGAGGAUUCUGUGGGAAUGCCACUUCGAAGAUCAACAUGCAUUGUACCCUCGGACACAUGCUGCUCAAAGACGUCAUCUUAAAUGGCUACAAAGUGUCCACACAGGAUUCUCCGAGCUAUGUGUUUGUAGAGGAUCCUAGUUUAUACUGUCUUGGCAAAAUGUAUAAGAAUGCCAGUGAUCCCAAUCUGGGCACAAUUCCAGUGGCGGUUGUGUGCUUCGAGGAGAUCAAAUCGAGUAGCAGUGACAUCGAGACGGGAGGGGUCCUUACGCUUAUUUCUGUAUUAUUCCUCCUCGCCACGUUCGCGGUUUACAUGUAUAUGCCGCAAAUGAGGGAUCUCCAGGGCGUGUGUUAUAUGUGCAUGUGUGCCAGCAUGGCCCUUGGAUUCUUAUCGCUGGGAGUUUUACAACUCAGUCCAGGGUUCAGUGGCGAAAUAUGCACGAUAUCAGGUUUUCUCGUCUACUUCUGGAUGAUGGCUACAUUCUUCUGGAUGAAUGUGAUAAGCAUAAACAUGUACAGAACUGUAGAAGAUGCGAGUUAUUUAAAGAAAACUGAGAAGAAACAAUAUUUCAUAUACAAUUGCUAUGCCUGGGGCUGCACGAUUUUCUUUCUGAUCGUUGCACUCAUUACAAACUUCGCGGAGGGAAAUCACUACAAGCCAGGCAUCGGCGACAACAGUUGCUGGUUCAACGGUCGUACUGAAACAUGGUUAUUUUUCUACGGUCCGAUAGCCAUUCUUAUUGCAGUGAAUGUUAUCCUAUUUGUUAUGUCAUCGAUUAGUUUAUGGAGGCACACCAGAAAAUACGAAGUGAACAAGCUAAAUAAUCUUAAGCACAAGUUCCUCGUUUCCCUUAAACUUUUCCUCGUUAUGGGAAUAUCUUGGAUUUUUGAAAUUGCCAGCUUUGCACACGGCGCAGAACACAUUAUUUGGAAAAUAAUGGACACGUUUAAUUGCCUUCAAGGAGUGGUAAUAUUUUUGAUAUUGGUGGUGUUUAGAAGGCGAGCCAUACAAGGACUGGCUAGCGAGAACUGCUGCUUGUGCAUAACCCGCCCAUUAGCCGAAAAACUAAGUCCCCACGACGAUAGUGAUGACCAGCAAAUUCUAGCCGAUGAUACUGUAGAGGUCAGGCUUAAUUAAAAGAAGGACUUAGAAAUAUUGAAUAUAGAAUCUUAUUUUUUUAAUUUAAUUUCUUGCCAGGAUUCAGCUGGUAUGAAACAGAUAAUAUAAUUUAUUAGCUCAGUGCAAUACUCAGUAUGUAAAAUAUUGUAAAAUAAAUCUUAACUAGUAAACAUUAUUACUACAUAUAUAAUUAAAAAGAAACUAGUUAAGAUCAGCUUUAAACAUAUAAAAUUUAUACUAUAAGUUUAUUGUUAUUGAAUCUCGUAAAAAUAUAUAUCACUUUUAGUGUACGCAAAUGAAUACUAAUUGUAAAAGUAUGUAAUUUAUAAAUUAAAAGGUUUCUAACUAGAAUGUGAAAUAUAGAAUUUCAAUGUAUGUAGAAAGGUUUUAAAUAUGCGACGAUAUAACAUAAAAUUUUAAACAAGACAUAUCUAUUAAAUACUUAAUUUGGUAAAACUAUUAAUUAUUAUAAAAAUCUAUUUUUAAAAUGUUAAUUUCUUUAAAGUUCCAUGUUAAAAUGUUGCCACAAGCAAUUUAUAAUUAAUUUCAAUGUAUAAUAUUAUUAUAUUCUAGUUAUUAUCAAACAAAUACUUGUAAUUAAUAUUAGCAUUUACAUAAAUGUAAAUACUAUACUAUAAGAAUUUUUGUUAUUAUACAAAUUAGUAUUUAAGAUCGAACAUUUCUUUUAUAAAUGCAUGUUAUGGAUUUAAAAUGCGGUUAAGUAAUUACAAAGUAUUCCAUUA